AUGUCAUGGGCCACACUCCAACAAUUAGCUGAUAAGUAUGACAAUGCGUUACCGCAUAAUUGUCUUGCGAUUCCUCUUACCGUGUACGCAAGAUUUCAAUGUUCCUACUUCUUCUGUUGUCAGUCGUCCCGAGAUAAUGCACGUGCUAAAACCGAUCGCUAUGAUGUUUCAAAAUUAAAUGCAGGGUCAACGGCAAGACUUGUUACAGGUUAUGAGCCAAACAAAAGGUCGACGAUGCCUGCAGCAGUACUUAACAAAAAGCUCAUAUUUUUUGAGGACUUGUCUGAGCGCAUGUGCGAGAUGCAAUUCUUACACGCUGAUCAAGCCGGACAGCAACAGAAGGUUUUCUCGAAGUCUAGUGUUUUCCCAUCUAUUAUAAUGCGCAGCGUCCAGCUGUUUCUAGAGCCUGGCGCGACCGCCGGCUCAAGGUGGCAACAUUUCCGAUGUACCUCUACAAAGAUUACUGCUCGAUGUUGUCUCGUACGUUGUGAACGUCGCCACGCUGAAGGCAAAGGUUAA